AUGCAAUUUUGGUUAGUGUCAGUGGCCACAGUUUUACCAUCACUAUUUAUUUAUUACUACUGCUUCAACACCAGCUUCACGCAACAGGAACAAAAACUUACCGUAACUGAAAUGUCGUCUAUUUCCAAAUACCUCAAGCACCAAGGACCAGUGUUACCCUCCUACUUCUUCUCACAUGGGGGUCCUACAUUUAUGUACGAAAACGAUUCAUUUGGCAACAAAGGUGCCUGGAACAAGAUCAAGUCUAUCGGACACCAAAUUAAAACACUACCACAGCAAGACAAACCCGACUACAUUAUCGUCGUUAGUGCGCAUUGGCAAAGCAGUGCAUCCAAUAAAAUUGAAAUAAGCACUACUCGGACAAACAAUGGCAAUGGAGAAAACCCAUUGAUUUACGAUUUCUAUGGCUUUCCUAAACAUAUGUAUGCCGAAGAGUUCCACUCAAAUAGCAAUGCGGCCGUUGCUAACGCUAUCAUGUCAAAGUUGGCUGAUUCUGGGUUCAAGACUGAAUUGACUGACCGUGGUAUUGAUCAUGGGGUUUGGGUUCCCUUUAAAGUGGCAUUCAGUGGGUACAACACUCUUUCCGACCGGCAGCCUGACUUCCACGAGAAGCGAGAGCUGGAUUUACCGGAUAUUGCCGUUAUACAAGUAUCUUUAACUUCCAACGAUACCGAUUUCAAUACUCAUUUCAAACUAGGUCAAAUACUCGAUUUCUUCCGUCAUAAUGACAUUUGGGACGAGGCUCACAAAAAGUAUCUCAAGGGAAUGGUUGUCUGUUCCGGUAUGUCAGUACACAACUUGCGUGAUUUGGGAGUUUCGAUGCAAUAUAGACAACAAAACCCUACGGCAAAGGCCUUGCCUUAUGUCAAGCCUUUCAAUGAUUUGAUGAAACUGAUUGUUGAGAGUGAUGAGUCUAAAACUUCAGAUACAUUGACUCGGUUGAACGAUUUGAAAAAAGAUCCUUUAUUGAGGAAAGCCCAUCCCACCUUGGAACAUUUCUUACCAUUAGUCGUUGCUUGUGGAAUUGCUAACGAUGCAAAGCAGAAUAUCAAAGAGAUCUACAAUGAUGAAUUGGGUAGUUUAGGUUGGGGCAUCUACCAAGUUGGCGAGAAUAUCGAGCCAAAAAUGUAA